AUGACUCAGCCCCGGGCACCGCGGAGGCUGAGGAAGGUCCAGCGGCGUAUCCCCUCCGCCUCGGUUCAUCCCGCCGGCGGAGAACCAAAGCUGGGCCGAUGCACCCGGGCCCAGGGGCCCUCCAUUCUCACCCUUCCCGGUGCGAAGCGUAGGGAGCGCAAACAGGGGCUCCCAACGACUCCACCAAAGGCUCGGAAGUCCCUGGAAGCAGCUCGCUACCAACCUCGCUCGGUUCUCCAGCUCCACCGGGGGCUCCAGGGCCCGCUUCUAACUGACAGGUUCUGGGGGGACACAGACACGCCCAAGCGCGCAUCCAACUACCGCACAACUUCAGACCAAUGGAAGAAAAGAGCAGCAAAAAUUGAACUGAAUGAAACUCAAAAACAAGAAAUUAAAGAGGCCUUUGAUUUAUUCGAUAUUGAUGGGUCUGGAACCAUAGAUGUAAAAGAAUUGAAGAUUGCAAUGCGGGCCUUAGGAUUUGAACCAAAGAAAGAAGAAGUUAAAAAAUUGAUAGCUGAAAUCGACAAAGAAGGAACUGGCACCAUUAGUUUUGAAGAUUUUUUUGCCAUAAUGAGUCUAAAAAUGAGUGAAAAAGAUGAAAAGGAAGAACUGUUGAAGGCUUUCAAAUUAUUUGAUGAUGAUGAUACUGGAAGCAUAACGUUAAACAAUAUCAAGAGGGUUGCUAAGGAACUAGGGGAAAAUUUAACAGAUGAUGAACUUCAGGAAAUGCUUGAUGAAGCUGAUCGUGAUGGGGAUGGAGAAAUAAAUGAGGGAGAGUUUUUGAGAAUGAUGCAAAAGACCAGUCUUUAUUAAUACUGCUUUUUAUUGUUCCUUCUGGAAGUUAACAAAUUUGUAUUUGUUAUACAGUUCCAUAAUAUCGGAGUACUCAUGUUCAAUUUUCAGUUUAUUUGCAUAAAUUGGCCUCUUGAUGUCUAAACCAUGUGUGAAGUUACAUGUUUCUACCCAUAUAUUGUUAAAUCUACAACAUCAAGAGCAAAAUGUAAUGACGUCCUUGAACCAUGAAUCCAAGAACAGUAUUAAUUCCAACUGCUAUUUUUAGAGCCCAGGGUCCAAAGACUUAUAAUUUUUUUAAGUUUAAUGAAAUUGGCCCCACAUGCAAAUGAAUUUGGAAAACAAGCCAUUACUUUCCCUAUUAUUUUCUUUUUGUGCAGCUCUUUAAAAACUGAUAAACAUUUGCUUUUUCAGCAGUUAUUCAGAUAUGUAAAGUAUUGAAGUAUUAAAUAAAACUGUCAGGCAACUACGUUAUUUGCUACUUUUCUUCCUAUGAAGAAAUUCAAAGCUGUACUUGUAUAACUCAAAUUGACCCCGUCAAUUAGCAUUUAUUUCAUAACCCUGUCCUAGGACAGGGAUUUUAGCUGUUAUUACUUGGAAGCUGGUAGUAUUAGCUCCAACUACAUAAGAGAAAACAAAAGUUCAGAGAACUUAAAUUUUAAAAUUGCUCAAUUACCCACAGAUACUAAAUAAAACAUGGAUUCUAAAUUUUGUAUCUUUGCCCUGGCCGGGUAGCAGCAGCAUCUUCAUACGCCAAGGUUGAGGGUUCGAUCCCCGGU